AUGUACACCGUAGAUAAUGAAUCGGCAUUUCCUUAUGUGAUGCCAACACCACCAGAGAAUCAGCCUGACGAUGAUGGUGGUCACAACGUGCCAAACGGUGGAGCUUCGUCUCCAAGUAUUGAGUUUUCUCAGUCGCGACCAAAUGGCCUCUCAACCAUCUCUGGAGUGUUCGCUCCCGUUGCUCUAUCAAUGUUCAGCAUUUUGCUUUUCAUGAGAAUGGGGUUUGUCGUGGGGCAGCUCGGAUUCCUGGUUACUGUUGUACAGCUUUUAAUGGCUUAUGGAAUUGUUAUGUUGACUGUGCUAUCUCUUUGCGCGAUAUCAUCGAAUGGAGCUGUGGAAAGCGGAGGAGUUUACUACAUGAUCAGUAGAUCACUGGGACCAGAAUUCGGUGGUGCUAUCGGUGUUUUGUUUUUCGUUGCUAAUGUCUUCUCAUGUGCUCUAUAUGUAUCGGGAUUCACUGAGGCACUGCUGAACAACCUUGGUGGAGGCCAAUUUCCUGACUCGCCCAUGUGGCGAUUUUUAUACUGUGUGCUGGUUUCUCUCGUUCUCCUUAUUCUUGCUUUGCUUGGCGCUGGUAUGUUCGCGAAAACGGCAUUGUUCACCUUUAUUUUGAUCUCGAUUUGCUAUUCUACGUGGCUCUUUUCUGUGAUAUUUGAUGGACCCAUGCAAGUGCCUAUACCCAAAGUAAAUACUCCUGCUUAUCGUGUCCACGAGAACGCUUCUGAUCCCGAAAGUCCUAUGAUAGUGCAGUUGAAUCAGACCUUAACCGCGAACUACACUGGAUUUAGUUCCAAACACACUGGGUGA